UUUCGCUCUAUUUACGAAGUACCGCACACCGCCCCUUUCCUUCUCGCUGGCGCUUCGUUCCGAGAAAUUCUAAUCGGACCCAAAAAAACCGAUCCAAAAAAUAAGAAAUCCCUAUCGAUGCACGUUAUUAUUAAUUUAUUUUCACUAUCUUGUUAAAACCUCGAUUUCUCUAUAAAAUCAUAAAAACCCUAGCUAGCUAGUACAGCUUCGAUCCCUCCACCAUGGGAGACGACAACGAUGCCUUCAUGCGCAACCAAAACGCCGCUGUACGCGGCACGACGAAAGGACAGAACCGCGCCAACGUUCUCCAGCUCAAACUGAUUGGUCAAAGUCAUCCGACGGGAUUAACAACAAAUCUCUUGAAGCUUUUUGAGCCCCGACUUCCUCUGGAGUUUAAACCCCCGCCGGAGAAGAGAAAAUGCCCACCUUAUUCAGGAAUGGCUCAGUUUGUGAGUAACUUUGCAGAGCCUGGUGAUCUGGAGUAUGCUCCGCCUAUCAAAGAGGCUGAAACUCGUUCACAAAGAAAGGCUAGAAUUCACAUGGCACGACUAGAGAAGGGUGCAGAAAAAGCUGCAGAGGAGCUCCAAAAAUAUGAUCCUAAUAAUGAUCCAAAAGUUUCAGGAGAUCCUUACAAGACACUAUUCGUUGCUAGGCUUAAUUAUGAGACCACCGAGAGUAAAAUUAAAAGGGAGCUUGAGUCUUAUGGACCAAUAAAACAGGUUUGCAUGGUAGCUGAUAAAGUGUCAAAUAAACCUAGGGGCUAUGCUUUCAUUGAAUACAUGCAUACACGAGACAUGAAAGCUGCGUAUAAGCAAGCUGAUGGGCGGAAGCUUGAUGGCAGAAGGGUACUAGUGGAUGUUGAACGGGGUAGGACUGUACCAAAUUGGCGACCUCGCAGACUAGGUGGUGGACUUGGAACUACCAGAGUUGGGGGUGAAGAAGUUAAUCAGAGGCAUCCUGGGAGAGAGGUUCAGCAAUCAGGAGGAUUGUCUCGGUCUGAGGAGCCAAGGACACGAGAAGAUCGGCACACUGAACGGGAGAGGGAGGUGUCUCGUGACAGGGGAAGGGACAGGGACAAAGAAAGAGAAAGGGAGAAGUCACAUGAGCGCUCCCAUGACAGGCCAAGGGAUCGUGACCACAGAGAAGAUAGGCAUAACAGAGAUCGUGAAAGAGAGAGAGACCGAGGCCGUGACCGUGAUAGAACACGUGAUCGAGGUCGGGACCGUGGCCGUGACUAUGAGCGUGAUCGAGAGAGAGACCAUGGUCGUGAUCGUGCUCGGGACAGGGAGAGGGACUAUGAAGUCGGUGACCAUUACCAUGGGCGUUCUCAUGAUCGGGAUGAAUCGAAACAUGAGAGGGAUCGACAUGGUGAAAGGGACAAUGAUCAUGCUGAGCCAGAGGAUGAUAUGGGCUGGUAUGAACAACCUGAGCAGGGUCAAAAGCUGCCAGAUGCAGAAGAUGACCAGCAUUAUGAUCACUACGAGCAUCGCAGAAGCAGGGGACGGUAUGAUCACAUGGAUGUUCAAGGUGAUCAUGGCCGCAGUGAUCUAUAUCAUGGCACGGAUCGCGAUGGCGAUCAUAUGGAGGAGGAUGAUUACCACUAUGAUCGUGGAACAUCUGAGUCACGUGAAAAUCGAAGGUUAGAGAGGUCGCCUUCCCAGGAUUAGGACAACUGACAAUGUGGUCUUGCUCAAGGUCUGUUGUGCAUUACUGGGGAGUUGCCAUCGAGGUCUCUAGAAACCUUAACAUCUUUCACACACUGAAGCAGCUUGUUCGCUCCAUUAUUUGGUUUAAGUUGUAUGAAUGUGUUUGUUCAAAAGUUCUGAAUAGUUUCUAGCCUCUGCUUUAUAGUAUCGCUAAUGGAUUAUAAUUUUUAUGUGCUAGUUUCUGGACAGAAUAAACUAUUUUGUUUGCGUAGUUUUGUGCCUAUAUCUGAAACGAAUCAAGAAUACUGCUGGUUUUUUUCA